AUCGUGUUCCUCCUCCUUUUCAAUUUGAGCUACCUUCGUGGUGCUGUGGCUGUCUUUUUCGCAAAAGCAAAAGAGACAAAGUCUUCACCAUGUUGCGGAGUUGCGCCGCAUCCCUGAUAUAGUUGAACCUCUGAUUAUUAGGUGGUGGUCGGAUGCAUCCUUGGCAUGCAAUCUGCAAUCUGAGGGAUUGAUCGCCCUGCCUUGCAUUGUAUCUGGGCUUCAAUAUGUUUGCAAGAUUUCUUGGCUCUCUCGCCCGUCAGAAUGUGGCAGUGGAGUUCGUUUUCCUCCUGGCCAUCCUGGUGCGCCUACUGGUGGGCCUUUCGUCAUACAGUGGUGCUGGCAACCCCCCCACUUUUGGAGACUAUGAGGCUCAGCGCCACUGGAUGGAGAUCACCCUCCACACCCCCGUGCGAGAGUGGUACAGCGAGACCCCCCAGAACAACCUCACGUACUGGGGCCUGGACUACCCCCCCCUGACAGCCUACCAGAGCUACCUGCACGGCCUGUUUGUGUCAGCAUUCGAACCUGAGGCGGUGGGACUGGAGUCCUCUAGGGGUUAUGAGACGCCAAGCAGCAAAUUGCUCAUGCGGUGGACGGUACUCCUGUCGGACGUCCUCGUCUUCUUCCCGGCGGCCUGGUGGUUUGUGCGGGCAUACUAUGGUGGACGAAGCGGGACGGAGCAGGCCUGGGCGCUAUCCAUCUUGCUGCUGCAGCCUGCCAGCCUGCUGGUGGACCAUGGACACUUCCAGUACAAUUGCAUCAGCCUCGGGUUUGCUCUCGCAGCCGCAGCUGCCAUCAUCCAGGAGUACGAGGUGGUGGGGAGCGUGCUCUUCUGCCUGUCUCUCAACCACAAGCAGAUGAGCAUGUACCUGGCCCCCGCUUUCUUCGCCCACCUCCUGGGCCGCUCCUUCCAGAAACGGCGGCCCCUGCUGCACGUCAUCAAGCUGGGCGUCAUUGUCAUCGCCACCUUCGCUGUGCUCUGGGCGCCGUACCUCAGUUCUGCGGAAGCGGUUCUCCAGGUCUUUAGCCGCCUAGCGCCUCUCAAACGCGGCCUGUGGGAGGACCACGUGGCCAACUUCUGGUGCACCACCUCGAUGCUGCCGGUGCGCGCCUUCAAGUGGAAGAAGCGCCUUAGCGUCGAGGCUGCGGCGCGCCUGGCGGGAGCGACGACUGUCACGGCAUGCCUGCCGUUCAUGUGGAACGAGAUCCGACGGCCGUCCAAGCAGGGCCUCAUUCGGGGAAUGCUUAUCUCGGGCCUGGCCUUCUUCCUCUUUUCCUUCCAGGUGCACGAGAAGUCGAUUCUACUGCCGCUACUGCCCGCAACAAUGCUCGCGUUGGACAGCCCUUGGGUGGUACAGUGGUUAGCACCAAUUGCAGCUUUCAGCAUGUUCCCCCUUCUUGUGAGAGACGGCCAGGCGCUCACGUACGUUGCCUCGCAAGUCCUGUACCUCCUGAUAGCAAAUCCACCGCCGUCAGGGCUUGGGGAUUCUUGCGUGUGGUUUCGACUUGCGUUCCCGGCGUCUCUGAUCGGAGUUGUGGUGAUACAUUUAGGAGCUCUAUUUCUUGAGCCGCCAGCACAGUACCCUUACCUGAAAGCCGCAGCAAUGACUUCCUAUGGUUUCGUACACUUCGUUCUUCUGGUUUUGUAUCUAAACAAGAAAGUGUUUACAAGUCGAACUCAGCUUGAAAGGACGCUUGAAAAGAAAGAGUCUUAGUAAAGUUGCCCAUCAACAGAGUGUAAAAUCACAUGCGACAUGAUGCACUGAGAUCGUAGCAAUCAUUGUCCACGCAAUAAGUAUCAGUAUUGCGUCUGUAAGGAUAGGACCGAAUUUGAGCCUGCGCAUGUGGUGUUAGUGACAUGCAUGUGCCGCUGGCUAUUCGUUAUUUGAAUCGAAACCGUGAUACGUACAGGGC